CCAGCCCCAGCCCAGGAUGCACCGCAGCUUCGUUGAUGGUUCGUGGUUUGUGGUUUCAAGGGACACCCGUGAAUAUUGAAAACUAUCUUCAAAAUCGAAGCUGACAAGCAAGUAUCAUGGAGCCAUCAGGAUGCACGACCACCAAAAUCACGCCGAUGAAUGACCACAAUGAAAACGUUGUUGGCGUGCAGCCUUGGGAGGUGACUGAUGUGGCCAGACUUCGACGUUUCCUGUGUUAUGGCUCGGAGAGUGGUGUCUACAGCACCAGGGAACACAGACUCGGCAUGGAGAGUGCACUGGCCCUGCUGGCCAUGAUCCAGGAAGGCAAAGGCUGCGAGGUGGUGGAAGAGAUCAAGAGGCUCACUCAGGAGGGCCAGAUAGUCCGAUCCAACCCUUCUCUCUUCGCCAUGGCUGUGUGCUCCCAGAACUCGGACGUGAAGACCAAGCAGGCAGCAUAUCAUGCCCUGAAGGAAGUGUGCCGGUCGCCCACACACCUGUUCACUUUUGUCCAGUACAAGAAGGAGCUCAAGGAGGGAAUGAGGUGUGGGAUUUGGGGACGGGCCCUGCGGAAAGCAGUGGCUGAGUGGUAUAAUGAACAAGACGGCAUGAGCCUGGCUGUGGCUGUAACCAAAUGUAAACAGAGGGGGGGCUGGUCCCAUCAGGACCUGCUUAGGCUGUCCCACAUGAAGCCUGCAAACGAAGAAAUAGCACUUCUCAGCAAAUAUAUAACAAAAGGAUGGAAAGAAGUCCAGGGGGCAUAUUAUGAAAAGGAGAACUCUGAGGAGGUGGCCAGGAUCGUCUCCUAUCUGGAGGUCGUGGAGAAGGUCAAGCACAGCUCGGACGAAGCUGAGGUCAUCCACCUGAUAGAGGAGCACAGGCUGGACAGGGACCAGCUACUGACUAACCACCUGAGGUCCAAAGAGGUAUGGAGAGCUCUCUUAAAGGAAAUGCCAAUUGCUUCAGUGCUUAGAGCCUUGGGUAAGAUGACAGCAGACAAAGUUCUCGAACCUGGAGGCUCAGACUUGGCAACAGUUUGUGAGAGGAUUCAGAGUGAGGCAGUUCUCAAGAAGGCUAAAAUCCAUCCUCUCAGUGUCUUGGUGGCUUCCGAGAACUACAAAAGAGGCGUAGGGAAUCGAGGGAAAGUAAAGUGGGAACCAGACAGUGAUAUCCUCAAAACACUGGAGAGCGCUUUUUACAAGUGUUUCAUAAAUGUGGAGCCGACGGGGAAACGGUUUGUUGUGGCAGUUGACAUCAGCACGUCCUUGAACAGCACUGUUUUGGGGUCCUUGGUCAAUUCAGUUGUUGCAGCUGCGGCCAUGACAAUGGUUCUUGUGAGGACAGAAGCAGAGACACAGGUUGUGGCCUACUCUGAGGGAGUUGUGGGUCCCUGCACCAUUACAGCUGACAUGCCUCUCGCUCAAGUAACAGCUGAACUGAUCAAGAUCCCCAGUGGGUGCACGGACUGUGCCCUGCCAGUUCUUUGGGCCUCUGAGAAUGAGAAGCUUGUGGAUGUAUUCAUCAUCUUUACCAACAACGAGGCCUGGUUUGGACAAGCUAACCCUUUAGAGACUCUGAGGAUGUACAGACAUAAAACUGGAAUAUUCUCCAAGUUGAUUGUGUGCGGAUUGACCUCCAACGGUCUGUCUAUCGCUGACCCUGAGGACAGAGGCAUGCUGGACAUCUGUGGCUUUGAUCUUGGUGCAGUUGACAUCAUUCGAAAUGUUGCCCUGGAUCAUAUCUAAUAAACAGUGUCUGGACAGUGUACAAAAAAGUACAAGGCUGACAGAGUAAGUGAGAAGAAAUGGCUAAAUGGGACUAGGCUUACAUAGCGUCAUGGCAUCGUAACUAAUGAACUAACCUUUUUAACGUUGAUUAAAAUAACCGUAUGUCCAGCAGGCUGGAACAAAAAUGUGGGCGCUUACCUGAAAUUGGUAUAGGGACCACUGCCAUGGUUGAAUAAUGCACCAUUGCAUCAUACUAAAAGACAGGUAUUGAAUAUACACUACACAAAUAACUUUUUUGUGAGGAACUCAAAAGCAACUCACCUUUUGCCUAUGAUGAUUGGAUUUGACACCAAGUUCAAUUACAUUACUGUAAAUGAAAUGAGCAUAGAUCACUGGAUGGCACCAGUAUUUUAUCACUGUAAUUACUAGUCUAUAUGAUAUGUUUUUCUAGCUAGUUAUAUACCAGUGUAGAAUAUUUUUGUAAACCUAUGGAGUGUGUUACUUGGUUGUAGAGUAGCUGUUCAUUGUUACAAUGGGUUUAGAUUGAGCAAAAAUGCAUUUGAUGACUGAAAAAUAAGCUAAACAUUGUCUACCAUUCAUUUUCUUGGGAAAGUUGUUGAGUGAUUACGUUAACUAUUCUGAACAGUGUAGAGAAUUGUUCAUUUACAAGCACUAAAGUUUAAUUCUUAUUUGUAGGAUUUUGGUAUUGGACUUAAUGUAAUUCUGAUAAUAAAACUCAUAUAAAACAACUCUGCACACUAUCUGUGACUAGGAAGGCAGAACUAUAUGCUCUUUUAAAAACUUAUGACAAGGAUGAUUGGAACCUUUUGGUUUUUUUUAUAUGGCAGUUUAUUCUUCAGUCAGAGAUGGAUUUUCUAGCCAUGUAGUUAUUUUUGUGCAUUAUCGAAUGUUAUGUGGUGAACGGUCAAAACAAGGUCCAUUAACGGAAGACUUAAGCUGCUGAUGAGCACAGAACUUUCGACAUGACUUUAAAGAAGUUGUACUAACAUGAGAAUGUCAGUAUGUCAGUAUAUGCAAAAAGUGUAUGUUCCUGUGUAGUGUUCACUGUGCAACAUUUUCAAUAUAAUAACUGAAUGUAUUGUACAUUUUUUAAUACUAUGAAAAAACAAUAGAUUUUAAACUCAAUGCUUUAUAUUUCCUCCAAUGUUGAAUGAGAAAAAUGCAACAAUACUCAAAUGCUUUACCUUUAGAGGCAAGUUGGUAUGGAAAGUCAUUAGAAUUUACAAAGAAGAAAUACGUAACUUCAUGGUUUCCUAUUCCAUUCAGAAAACAUGAAAUGCAGACCAUGUAACUGUGAUGGCUUUAAUUAUUUCAAGCCUUGCAUUGACCAUGUUCACAUAAUUUACUCUGAAAAAUGCUAGCUUUGAAAAUAGUAUUAUGGUAAUAUAAGGCUAUAUGCCUGGUUCAGUGAAGGGUGACAGUUGAAGAAAGCUUUUGAGAAAUCGAUUGUUUCACUACUGUAGGUACAUGUUUGAAUUAAAUAUUGAUGUGUAUCCACAUAAAUCACCCCCAUAAUAGUACCCAAAUAAAGUGCUUCAUA